AUGUCUCAUCAAGUGAACAUUCACAUACGCCACAAACCAGUCGAAUCAGAGGAGGACUUCCUAUCUUGCAGCGAGAGAUUAAUCAAUCUCGACCCAACACGAACAGUGUUGCAAAUAGGCAGAGCUUCAAAGAGUCCUAGCAAAGGUCUCUUCGGUGCUAUUGACAAUGCGUGGUUCGAUAGCCCGGUAAUGUCUCGAAGUCAUGCCGAAAUCAUCUAUAACCCUUUGGACAAUGUUGUCCAAAUUCGAGACUUAGGUUCAAUGCAUGGUACUUUUUUAAAUGGAGAAAAGUUGGGAGAAGAAGCCAAACCUCUAAACUCAAAUGAUCAAGUUGUCUUCGGUAUUGGUGUGAGACGUGGUAUGGAUCUGUUCCAACCAUGUCAUUUCGAGGUCAACUAUGAAGUAAUUCCAUGGAAGAGACCUAAUACCUACACUGUAUCCGACUCCUCCGACGACGAAGACGAAGAAGAUGAAGGUUGCCAUUUCAAUGACACAGAAAUGUUUGAAGGCGCUUCCAGUCCGGCUGAUACAUCUAUCGAAAUGACUCGCUCUAGCCCUACUACAUCUAAGACUGUUGUUGCUAUCGACCUGACUGUGGACGAUACUCCAAGCCCUAGAUUGAAGCCGACUAAGCCUUCUUGCAUUCCGACUGACGAAAGAACUGAGGAAGACGAGUACACUCCCAAGCCACCAGUCUUAGAUAGUAUCGCAGGAGAUUCUCACCAUGGUGUAGGACCAAAGACAAAUCCACAGCAAAAAGUUGACCAGCCUCGAAAGGCGUCUUUCAAAUACACUUUCAAUUACGAUAGCAAUGACGACGAAGACGAAGAUAUGCUUUCGACACAAUCUGAUCCUGAUGAUUCUGAUAGGGAAAACUCAUCCGAAUUGGAAGGUUUCAGGGAUUUUGAGGAUUUACCUUCUCAUGAUGAUGUCAUUGGUGAAGACGAUAGCGAAGAUGAAUCAAUGUCCGAAGCAUCGGAGGAAUCAGAGGUUCAUGUUCUGCUAACUGAAAGUCGUGGAGCACUUGAUGAGAUUCCAUCUUCAUAUCCUUCGUUAGAUUCGGAUUCAUCGCGUGCAUCAUCUCCUGCUCUUGAGGCCACCCUCGCUUCGAUGGUUUCACAGACCAUCAACUCUCGAAUCCCGUUUGACAAUAAUGCGGGUAUUCCUGAAUCUCAUGUUAGAACUCAGAUUCAUACUUCUGAAGAGGUUAUCGCGCUCAACGAACAAAACAACGAUGGUGAAGAUGAAGUCGAUGACGAUGAUCGAAGUGUUGGACUUUCGGAAGCUGCUAAUGAAGGUCUACAAACAUUAUACAAAGACGGUUUACUCAAGAAAGAACCAGGCACCAACCCUACCCGUCUUUCCGCUAGCUAUACACCUUACGCUGAAAUCUCUUCCAAGUCCGGUCUCGAGAGCUACUAUGCUACUUGCACUCCUGCCUACGAUGCUCCUUCACCUUACGACUUCUAUAAGCCUCACAUAAACCGUUCUUCGAUCCCUGCUCGCCAAAAUGGAAAUUCUCACAACGACUAUUAUUCUCUCAUCAAACCAAGAUCACCAUUUUUUUCUUAUUACGGUCGAGAGACUAGUCCUUCUUCAGUGGCAAUGGCCAGACCACCUUACCAGGAAAAUUAUAUCGAUCAAAGUCCCGAAACAUUAUCUGUCAAAACCCUGGGUGAUAAAACUGGCAAGCACGCUUUUUUUGAAGCCAGAGAAGAAAACAAAGUACAAUUCCAAGCUCAUGUUGAUGAGGAAGAGACUCAAGUAACCCAAUGCUCACCAUUCUCAAUGGCAACAAGAUCAAGCCGGGCUACCAAAUUCGCAAAACCCUUGGCUAAAUUCGUACAACCUAUACUACCCAUCAAAUAUCACGGCAAUGGUAUCGAUCAUGGUUUUGUAAUUAACGAUCGCCCGGUUUCUAACAUUGAGCCAUCUCAAGACCGUCCUUCAAUUCAUCCAUAUUACUUCAGUUCAGACGCCUCAUCAAGAGCUGUUGAGAGUCCAGUCGUAGAAAAACAUCCUAUUAGAUCUGGCCUAAGUAUUGACGACAUCAUUGAUAGCUCUUCAGUGGGCAUGAAGAGAAAGGCGGAUGAGAUUUCCCACGAUGAAUUAAUUAAAAACGAGGUUCGAGAUUGGGUUUCUGGUGUCCACGACUCUACAAAGCCCCAAGCUGCUAUGGUCACACAAGAAGAAACUACUGGCCCUGAAUCUUCAGUACAUACAACUCAUACCAUCCAUCACGCCCAGGAGGUUCAAUCAGAUGUGCAACUGGCCACAACUAAUGCUGCGACCCAACAAAACAAGCUUGCAGUCUUGGCUAGCACUACUACAACUGAUCCUGAACAACGACCAGUUAAGAGAAUCAAGAUGAGAAAGUUUGUCGAGGCUGUAGGAUACUUUGCACUCGGAGGAGCUGCUGUUGGUGCUGGUUUAUUUUCGGCACUUGUAGCAACAGCUCCAGAAUUCGUUUAA